AUGAAAGAAGAUAAUGAUUUUUUAAAAUAUGCAAUAUGUGCUUUAAUACAAGAUUUAAAGGAUAAUAAUGAAGACAUAGAACAGGAAAUGAAAAAGGUAGGACAUAUUUUAGGAAGAAUGGCAUUAGAACAUGACGAUUUCCAAAGGGAAUUGGAUUUGGAGAGUUUACUUUACAAAAUUACAUAUACAUUUUUAGAUAAAAUAUAUUCGACUUCUAGAAAAUUAGAAGUUUCUACUAAAAAUAGUAAAGAAUAUUAUAUUUUUGAACAUGAACCACUUUUUUCUCAGCACGUUUCUUUACCAGAAUCUUGGAAAGAUUUUUGUCCAGAAUCAAUAAUGUCAGGGGUAAUUGAAUACGCGCUGCUUGCAUCUGGAUUUGAAUGUGAAGUUAAUGGAUAUAUUAAACCUUGUAAAAAUAAUACUAAUACCGUAGUUUAUCAAAUUAAACUUAAUGAUUAG